AGAAAGCGGUCCCAAGUCAAUCAAAAAAAUGAUAUUAACAACGUAAAUAAAUGAUACACAAUAUCUUGUUUCUUGUAGUGUAUGAACCAACAAACAAAACUGAAAAUCAAAUGUCAAUAACGCACACAAGAUGUGAUGGAUAUCUUUUUUGGAAGUUGGAACGUGCCAACACAAGAGGGGUGAAAAAUCGACGGUGGCGAAGGAGAGAAAUAUAUGCACCAACUUGCCGUAAGUUAACAUCGUUGAGAAAGCAACGUUAGAGCAGCUCCAUCGGUAAGCUCCUUAAUGAAUUUUUAGCAUUUAAGAAAAAGGAAAAAGAAAUUAAUUUAGGUCAGAGAACGUUGAAAGGUUCUGAUUACAGGAUUUUAAGAAUCGGUACCAAACUUAAAAGGACAGAUGUCAUUGCAGUAGUGUUUCAAUUGGUUUUGGAAAAUUAAUACAUAAUUAAAUUAUUAUAAUAACAUUAUUUUUUUUGUUUUAGAACCUUUCACAGGUUGUAACCGAUGGAGCUGGCCUUAGAAGAAGGUGAAGAAUUGACGGCUCUCGUUUGGUAGUUGCUCAUAUCUUCUUAGCAGUUGAUAUUUAUUGUUUCUUUCAUUGGACUCUUCUCACCUCACUGAUAUAAAUUUCCCUAAGUUUGGUCAAUUUCAUUUAUAACACGUACGUUGGAAUCUAGCCCCGCCCUAAUUUCAUACUUUUAUUUAUUUAUUAGAGAAAAUUACUAGAAUGUUACACAUUUUAUGGUUUAUUACUAGAAUGUUGUAUAUCUUUGUUUUAUUACUAGAAUGUUUUCUCUUUCCUAGUAAUUUACAAUAAGGGGCUUUUGUUAUGUUUUAUUUUCUGAAACUAAUUUUAAAGAUCAAAGCCACAUCAGUUAUUUAAAAUCCACAUCACAUCAGUUAUUUUUUGAAACCAAACCGUCUCUAUCACUAUCACUAUCAUACAUACGGUUUUGUAAAAAAAAAAAAGAAAAGAACACGAAGAACUGUGUUGUGUCGAAGAAGGAACCGCAAACCGAAAUCGUCUCACCCUUCGAAACCCUCGUCGACAUUGUUCUUUACUUCUUCGAACUCUCUCUAACUCUCUGUCGUUGAACUCUCUAUAACUCUCUGUCGUUGAACUCUGUCUCGUCGGAGUUUUUAGAAACCGUCGUCUGUACGAAAUCGCCUUCACCGCAUUCUCAUCAACGAGUUCAUCUUUUCCGGUAAGAUGUCGCGACGUUAUAUAUUGUAUUUUGGUUGAGUUUGUGGGUCAGUUAUAUAUUGAGGCUGUGAUAUGGGUGUGUCGAGGUUUUUGUUGCGACUGAGUUAGGGUUAUGUUGACUGUGCUAUGGGUUUGUCGAGGAUUUUGUUGUGUCUGAGUUAGGGUUAUGUUGCGGCUGAGAUAUGUGAUUGUCUAGGCUUUUGUUGUGUCUGAAUUAGGGCUUUUUGUUGUGGCUGAGUUAUGGUUAUGUUAUAACUGAGUAAUUAUUAUGUUAUGGCUGAGUUAUGGUUAUGUUAUAACUGAGUAAUUAUUAUGUUAUGGCUGAGUUAUAUAUAUGACCUAAUAUAUUUUAAUAUUAUGAUAUGGCUGUGUUAUUUUUAUGUUGUGGCUGAUUUAUUGUUGUGUUAUAUGAUCAGAUGGAUGUUAGUCAAGUCGAACCACGUGAUUACCCUCCAAGACUUUACCCUUCUAACCUAGAAGGUAAAGAUAUCAAUCAUAAUUUCCGUGCAGGACAUUUCCCCCACAUUAAAGAAACAAUAGGACUCGAUGUGUGGGAAGAACUGGUGAACUCUCCCAUUGGAGUAGUUGCUAGGCUACUUUCACGCGAAAGCAUUUGGUCUGGUAGGACCGUACACUAUCUGCUAUGUAGACAGCUGCGAGUGCAUAAAAAGGAGAUAUGGUCUGUUGUGGCUGAUGAUGUUAUCAGGUUUAGCUUGCUCGAGUUUGGUGAGAUCACUGGGUUAAACACAGGUCCAUUGCCAACAGAAAGUUUUGAACCUGAUCAAUACAAAGAGUUUUGGGAGGAGUUGAAGGUGCCGCUUGGGAUGGGACCCAAGUAUGAUGAGCUGAAGGCAGCAUUAGAGUUCUGUCCUGGUUGGAGUUUUGAAAAGCGUAAGUGGUUGGGGAUGUUAUUUCUUCAAGCCAUGGGACUGUACUGUUUGCAUCACAAUUCAAGGAUACCCUUUCAAAGUGCAAUAAGGGUAUUCGACGAUGAAGCCAUGAGGUCGUAUCCAUGGGGUCGGACUGCAUUCGAAGUUCUUGUUGACUCUCUGAAAACACUGUCUCCAGAUGGAAAGUCAUACACAGUAAGCGGCAUGAAGGACGUUUUAUUGGUUUGGGCGUAUGAGUCCAUCGUCUGUUUCGGUGAGAAGUUUGGGAGAGUGGUCAACAAUGAAGACGUUCCUCUUUUGCGAUGGGGUGGAAGGCGUACACGUUCAAGUUUUGAUACUGUCUUGUCUGACGAAAUCAAAGAUCAUGGCGAGGUCCGUUUGAGGAGAAUGGUUAUGAAGGAGUCAAUUGAAGAGAUGUUUCCUGUAUGGUCGGAUGAACCUGACGACCCACAACUCGUUAGGUUGGUAGAAGACAUACACGCAGGUAGAUACGUGAAAGGUUUCUGGGAAGUACAGAGGGAUGAGCAGGGGAAGGGGAAUGAGAAGAAGAAGAAGAAGAAAACGAAGGGAGUUUCAUCAGAAGCUGAGCCAUCAACAAAGAAGCAGAAGAAAGAAGCUGCUGAAACGAGAAAGGGUUCUAGCGAGGAGGAAGCUGUAUUGGACAAAGCGACUCUGACGAAUCUUGUGAGUGCUCUGCAGAAUAUUUCAGCAAAAUUUGACGCUUACGAUUUUGACCGGAACCGGCCAGUGAUGGACGAGAAGACCCUAGAUAACGUGGUGAAAGCUGUAGUGCAGCAGAGUCUGAAAGUUUUGGGGGAAAGGAAAAUUCCCGACAACGAUGCUAAACUCUCCUCCGCCGGCGUAGAAAAAUCUUUAUCGGUGACAUCAUCACCUCGUAGGAGGUCGCCACCGGAAAAGUCGGACAAAAGUCCAGUGGUAGAACCGCAGGCCCAGGAGGAGAAGUCUGUAAAAACUCCAGUGACAGAACCGCGGCAGCAGAAAAAGCCUGUCAAAAGUCCAGAGCCGCCGCAGCAGAAAGAGAAGGCUGUCAAAAGUCCGGUGCCGCCGCAGCGGAAGGAGAAGGCUGUCAAAAGUCCGGUGCCGGCGCAGCAGAAACAGCAGAAGUCAGUCAAAAGUCCAGCGUUAGCUGAGACCCCUGCAAAGAAGAAUUCGGAGCUUGAGAAGGAUACAGUGGUGAGAAGGAUUUUGGGUGAUGAUUUUAAUGAAAUGAUUUCAUCAGUGUUUCUCCUGCAAAGAUUACUAAGGAUGCUAAGGAUGGUAAGGAUGCCAACGUUCCAGCCUAUGGACGCGGCUUACGGGGCAAGGCCAAGCGUACUGUUACUGUAAAGGAUGAGGCUAUCGAGGAUAAGAAAAAAGCACAGCGGGCAGAGGCUGCGUUGAAGAGGAAGGAGAAGCAAGAGGCUAAGAAAAAAGAGAACGAGGAGAAGAAACAGAAGAGAAAAGCGGCUGAGUUACAAAAGAAACAAGAGGCUGGGUUACAGAAGAAAAAGAAGGAAGACGAGGCUGAGUUACCGAAAAAAAGAAGGAAAAAGAGGCUGAGUUACCGAAGAAGAAGAAAGAAGAAGAGGAAUGUGUUGUGACGAACGACGAAGUUAUUGCGGAAGAUAACGCAUUGGCGCCGGAGUCUGAUGUCGAGCCAGCUGAAUUGAUUAGAUCUUCCGUGGUAAAGGAACUUCGGGAGAAAUCAGUUAAGUUAUCUCCACAAGGGUUUUCAUUGACGAACCUUGAUUCAGCACCAGUUUUUCCGUACAUUGGAGACAAUGGACAGACGACUUGCAUGAGGAAGAACAUUACGCCUUCAUCAGCAAUAUACGACCCUUGCGCACCUGUUGAUCCGGCGCGACUGGAAAAACUGAAGCAACACAUUAAGGCAAUUCCACCCAAACCACCAGCACCUAAAGAUAAACC